AUGACAGUGGCAAGUUCAUAUCGUUUCGAUCCACCUCCACCACGCCCGACGAAAAAGCGAGCAGUGAUUCGUCGUGACCGUGAAGGUGGAGCCGAGCGCCUCCAUCGCGAUUAUUUCGCCGUCGAGCCUGUUUAUGGGCCACAAUUCUUUCGCCGUCGAUUUCGCAUGAGCCGGGAGUUGUUUCUACGCAUUGUCAAUGCGUUAGAAGUCGAUCCUUACUUCCAACAACGUUCGGAUGCUGUUGGCCGCUUAAGCUUCUCCCCGAUCCAGAAGUGCACUGCCGCUGUUCGACAAUUGGCAUACGGAACUUCUGCUGAUUGUUGUGACGAAUAUCUCCGUAUAGGAGAGUCGACGGCGUUGGAAUGCUUGAAGAAAUUCUGCAAGGCCGUCGUUCGUAUCUUUGGCGGCACGUAUUUGAGGCGGCCAACAACUGCCGAUGUGCAACGCAUCACUGCAAUGCACGAAGCCCGCCAUGGGUUCCCGUGA